AUGCAACGUGUUAGGUGUUUCUCCUCCGGUAAAAUUCUCGGUUGCAAUGUUCAACUAGGUUCCUGCGGAGGCCCGAAAACUUUUUCGUACGACCCCUUUUAUAUUAGUCGCAAGCCUCCUAUUCCCCUUUACCCUAAGCUCCAGUUUUGCCUCAAAGGUUAUGAUUUCCCGAUGCUGGAGAGAUAUGAAAAGUAUAUCGCCCGUGUUCUAAAGCGUUGGGCAGCAGCAGUAGACUCAUUCCCUCUCCCUCCAAAGAAGACUUUAUACAAGCUUUAUUAUCCCAACUCUACAAAAGUGAGAGUGGACUUCGAUUUAAGUCUCUAUUGCCGUAUUGUUUGUGCCGAGAAAAUAAAAACCGUGGACCUCCCCAUCAUCUUCGAUCUUUUUCAACAAAACCUCCCAGAAGGUAUUCACCUCACAGUCGAAGAGGUGCGUUUUUUUACUAUCAAUAGCGGUUGUCUUUAG